UACACCUUGAUGCAUCAUUGAUGCGGAUCUUUUCAUCCUCAUCCUCAUCCUCAUCUUCAACCAUCAUCCUCAUUGUGGGUUAACUGUUUCAGUUACAGUUCAUCCUUGGUAAAAGUAACACAGAUCCUAAACUUUAGUUCGUCCGCUUGUUGUUCAUUUUUCCAUCUAAAUUGUGAUUGUGAUUUGAUUCCAUGUGUAUCAUUUGUUAAUUGUUCACAAUUUACUGGACUUUCUAUCACAAUUAGUCCACCAUUUAUGGAAAUAUAAGUCAUUAAUUGUCAACGAUUUUCUUGCGACGUUUUCACUUCGAUUGGAAUUGUUCAACUUUUUCAUCUUUUUUGCUCGAAAACUUUUCUUCUAAUCAACUAAUCAUCAUCUUAAUUCAUAGUUAAUUAAUUAUCACUUAAUCAUCAUCACCACCAUGAAUAUAAAUCUAACUUUAAUCACUAUUGGCUUAUUAUUCUGGAUAUCGUUACCAUUAACUAACGCCGAUAUUGAGAAUGAUGUUUAUGGACCUAAAUUGGUAAUCAGAACACCAAGAGCAAUUAGUGGAUUGUGGAAACGAUUCUUUGGUCGACGAAAACAAUCAGGUUUCCAAGGAACCGCUCAAACCCAACAGCCUUAUAAUGUCGCCGCUUCGACCUUUUAUCCCGCUUUUGUCCAGAGCGCUUUCCCUGUUCUACCCUUCCAAGGUCCACCCGCUUUUGGUCCAGCAGUUGCUACUGCCGCCGGUGGUUACCCUUACCCUUAUUCAGCUCAUUUCACCGGCUUUGAGGGUUACACUCCUUUAGCUCAAGCGUCGUCCAUUUAUCCAGCCUUUUCACUCCCGAAUACCUUUGCCGCUGCUGCAGCUCCAACAGCUCAACAUGGUUUAUCAGCUCCCUUUGAUUUCCAUUCAUACUUUGAACAGCUUCUUCGACCUGUUGCCUCAGGCUCUGGUUCUAACGCCGGUGAUCAAGAAACAUCAGCUUCAACUCUUUUAUCAACGGCUGUUAAGCCUGACGGACCUUCUGCCGCCGCUGCUGCCGCUGCUCUUCAAAACUUCAAGAAUUUAUAUUCAUUCCCAUUCCAACUUUCAUCUGAAGGCUCAGGCUCUUCGUCCGCUGGUGAACAAUUCAAUCUACAAAUUCCUUUCGGACGUAAACACACACUUCGACGAAGCUCACAAGACAAGGUCUCCAAUGUCGGCUAUCAAAUUCAAAAGCUCAUUUCCCCAAGUCAACAAACAAAAUCAGUUCGACCUUCACCAAAUUCAGUCAAACCUCAGCCGAUUCAACAAUCGCCCCAAAAACAACAAUCAUACAUUUCAUCAAGUACUUCAGAUGAACAAAUAAAACAAAAGGCUUACAAUGACCAAGAGCAGCAAUUACAAAACGCUUUAUUCAACCCACAGGAAUAUAUCGCUCAGAUAAUUCAACAAGAAUUGGUCGCUCAACAAGCUCAACUUCAGGGAAAAUCAGUUGACAACAGCAAAUCAUCAGCAUCAUCAUCGAAUGACCAAACAGCUUCAUCGUCCGAACGAAGCUCAACUUAUUAUCCAUCAAGUUACUACUAUGGAUCUGGACGUUCACUCCCUUCGGCGAUGACCAAACCAAGAGCAACUCCAAUCGUCCCGAACAAACAACAACCAAUUGUCACCAAAAAAUCAACAACAGUUGAUCAGCCCUUGAGAACACCAGCUAAAUAUGACACGAAUUCAUCGUCAUCAUCAGCAUCAUCUUCAUCUCCAUCAUCACUUUCAUCGUCCUCAUCAGUUCCGGUCAACCCUUCAAGCUACAGUUCAGCCAAUUCAUACUCACCACGAGUCUACAAGGAGUAAAUUAUAUAAAUUGAAUUGAAUCAACUUCUUUACUUUGCUUAUUACUAUUAAUUCAGUUUGAUUCCAAUCAAUCAAUCAAUCAAUUUGAAAUCAAAAUUGUUUCUAUUUAGAUUUAAUCAUCUUCGUCAUUCUCAUCAAUCAACCACCGCAAAUUGAACUCUAUCUAAAUUAGAGGUUUGAAAGUUAACUGAUUAAGGAGAAUUAAAACAGAUUCAUGGAUCAUUAUUGUUCACAAUUAAGAUAAUUAUCGAAAUCAAAUGUGCCUCUGAUCAACAAAUAACAAAUCUAAUUCUCUGAUUAUUAUUUUCUCAACUAUUUAUUAUUCAUAAUCCUCUGUACUGUUUACCAAUUAAAACCAUAAUAAAACAAAACAACUCAUGAUUUACAUCAAUAGUUGAUUGUAAUUA